AUGAUCAGUCACUCCCACCCAUAUCUGCUUGGUUCCCUUACCUUCCCUCUGCCGCACCUCUUCUCCAGCAUCAUCCUCCUCCCUGCCCCACCCAGCAAUGGAAGCGAUAUGCUGGAAAACCAUCCUGGGCCGUCUUUCAACGUCCUGGCGCUUACCUUCGAUAUCCCGAACUAUGAGAGGGUGGACGUGAUUAGAGGUGAAGACCCGGCUGGUCGAGAGCCGGAUUUAGAGGUGUCUCCCCGGAAUACCAGCAGACUCGGUGGAGGAUGGGACUGGGGAGCUUCUCAUGAGGUUAUCACGAUUUCCGCGGCCCCCGCUCUCCCCUCUCCUCCACCCUCGCCUGUCUACAACACCACCCACCACCGACGACCUCCAUCCAUAACGACAAUCGCCCCUCCCACAGCUCCCUUUCAAGUUCGCCCCACCUUUACUGUAGAGGCGAGAGCCAUACAAGAAGCUGAUGACCUCCUGCGUCGUCGGCUCUCAUCAUCUCAACGGGCAGGAGAAGGGGACGAGGGUUCUGCCAUAUGGUUCGGUUGA